AUGAUGACAGGGACAAACACAGAACUGGCUGGAGAGGUCCCCUCCCCCUUCCUCUCAGCACGGGUCAAGGUUCGAAAGCAGAAAACGCAGAUAACGGAGCUGGUGGUCUGUGAUUCUAAGAUAUCAGACUCACCUGGGAUUUUGAAGGCUGCGACUCAAUAUUUCACUGAUCUUUUCGGCACGGACGGCCGGACAUCUUCGGCAAGAUGGAGACCGCUCACGGGCAGGAAGUUGGACGCGGUUGCAGCAGAAGGACUGGCAGCAGACUGGUCGGAGGCGGAGGUGAAGCAGGCUUUUAAGGCACUUGCGAACGGGAAGUCGCCGGGUAAGGACGGGCUCCCGAAGGAGCUUUUCGAGCAGAACUGGGACAUUCUUGGCGGAGAAUUCCUUCGAAUGGCGCAGUCCUUUGCUGACACUGCGUCAUUAUCUGCAAGCAUUAAGGAAGCCGUCACUAUUCUGCUGCACAAGAAAGGGGAGAAGGACAACCUGGACAACUACCGCCCGAUUACGCUUCUAAAUUUCACUUACAAGGUGUUGGCGCGUGUGGUGGCGAAUCGGAUGAAGCAGCACCUGCAUAAGGUGAUCUCGGCGGAACAGUACGGUUUUAUUCCAGGAAGGAGGAUCUCGGAUGCCAUCGGGGUUGUCGCUGACGUGAUUGAGGUAGCGAAGAAGGGGAACAAGGACUGGUACAUGUUGCUGGUGGAUUUUCGGAAGGCUUUCGACUCGGUGUCACGCAGCUUCCUGUUCACAGUCCUCAGGGAGAUGGGCUUCCCGGAGAGAUUCGUUGGCUGGGUGGAAGGCCUGCACAAGGACACCAGGACGAGGUUGUUGAUAAAUGGUUGGCUCGGUGAAGCAGUGGAAGUCAGGUCGGGGGUGCGGCAAGGCUGUCCACUGGCCCCAUACCUGUUUCUCUGUGCGGUGGAGCCACUGGCGCAGGAAGCGGUCCGGAGGAAGCUAGGUCUCUGCAACAUGGCGAAUCAACGGUUAGCAUACGUCGGGUACGCCGAUGACACAACAUUAUUCCUGGAAGGGAAGGGGCAGAUCGCCAGGGCGGAGAAGCUGCUCGGUUUCUUCGCUGGUCUGUCAGGGCUGCAAACGAAUAAAUCCAAGUCAGUCAUCCUUCCUAUCGGGCAUAACAUUGGGAGAAGGCCUGGUACGCUCGGCGGUUUCAAAUGGGCGAAGGCGGACGAAGCUGAACGUGUUCUGGGGAUCUGGGUUACUCCCUCUGGAAACAGCGAGCCGACCUGGAAGAGAGCUUACGAGAAAAUAAUAGUGGAGCUGAUCAAAUGGAAGGCACUCUUCCUUACGAUUGCGGCCAGAGUGGUGAUUAUCAACAGUUACAUCUCGCCGCGGAUUGCCUACCAGGCGCAAGUUUAUCCGCCGACGGAGGAGAUUUGGAAACGGCUCUUGAAGCUGAUUCAUAACUUCCUGACGGGGAAUAACGCAACGGCUGAAAAGGGGUUUGUGCUGUGGAACUGGGGUUUGCUCACUACGCCGAAGGUUGACGGAGGGCUGGGGGUGCUGGACCCUGAAAUCCUUCUCGCCUGUCUUGCCGCGAGGCGCAUCGGGGGGCUACUGCUGGAGGAGAACGGGAUGAAAAAAGAAAUCAUGCUUACUGCGGCCGGUCUCCCGCUUGGAGAGGACACUUUUCUGGCGCACACAAAGCUGCUGAAACACUGGCCGGGAGAUGGGGAGCGCUGGAAGCGCGCGAGCGAGACUUUCAUGAACUCUCCUAUUGCGGACACCGGGAAAUCCUAUAGCAGAGAGGAGGUGUCGCAAGAACGGGUGGUUUUCAAUCGGAAGCUGUUGCUCAACGGUACAAAUCCAGUAGGGGGGCAGAAGGGAGCUAAGGGCCUCUGGGAGACGAGGCUAGGUGAUCUGGUUGCUCCGCAGAGAGACGGGUCGGUAGGGAUCAAAGACAUUGAUACACUGGAGCAGGAGCUUCGCAGCAGAGACUCUGCGCGGCUGGCUCUCAGAGCUUUUGAUGCAGCACCUCAAGAGUGGAAGUCAGCCCUUGCCCCUGAUUCUGGGCGUGAUGUAGAGGAGGGUUUGUUGCGCAACCCUGUUGUCACAGCAGUUAGGAGGGGGAGUGCGACAGCUACGAUCUUCCGCUCAGCUGUUUUCACGGACGGGCAGCUAACACCCAUGAAGCAAUUGAGGGAUACGUGGGCCAGGCCAGAUGCAGUGCUGACGAAGCAGGCGAAGUGGUCCGGCAAAUGGUGCGGCAAGAUUGACUGGGAGCGAGUCAUCCGUACCCGCAACUCGCUCGCCAUUCCGAACCGGCCUCGAGAUGUCCUCACACGUGUCCACAACCUGAACCUUCAGCCUGAAUCCGCCCUUCGCUUUCCGCUAAUGGCGCGGACGGACGGCCAGCUUGCGCUGCUCCACGUGCAGCGCGCCAAUCGCCCGCGCAUUGCGCCGAUCCUCCGCGUUGUCACUACUGGCGCGGCCCAGCUCCCAGUGGUGGCGCUCGCGGCGCAAGGGCAGCUCGGGAAAGGGCAGGUGGCGCAACCGCAGCCUGCGCAAGCGCAGGCGCAACUAGUGGCGGGGCGCGCGGGGCAGGUAGUGGCGCCACUGCAGGCCGGUGCCCCCGGAAAAAGCGGGCCCCCUUCCGCCACUUCUGCCGCUCCGCCUGCGCCUGUUAUCCCCCCGCCCGCUGCUGCUGCCCCGCUCGCAGGCGCCGCCGCCAAGCCCUCCGCCUCCUCCGCUGCAGAGGAAGCAGUACGUGAACAGAAGGCGGAGGCUGAAAAGCGUGCAGGAGGAGAACCCUCAAACGUGGCAGCAGGCGCGACGAGAGAGGUUGGGGGGGCGGAAGAGGAGGAGAGGGGGGGUGAGGGUGGGAAAGGGAAGGAGGGGGGGAAGGCGGAAGGGGCGGAGGGUGCAGGGGGACAGGCUGGUGCGGCAGGGGCUGCUGGCGUGGGUGGUGCUGGCUCUGGCGUUCGUGAUGAGGCAAAGACUGCUGCUGCUGGUGCUGCUGGUGCUGCUACUAGUGAUGCUGCGGGGGUGGCUGGAGCUGAUACAGCCGCUGCUACAGGCGCAGCCACAGUGCCAGCUACAGUAACAGCCACGGUCGCUGCUACAGUAGCGACUACAGUGACUGCUACAGUGGCGGUAGACGCGGAGCACCCCACGGUGGCCACGGUUGUCCUGGAGCCUGCUGGCGCUGUGCGCUUUGAAUCGACUCCCUCCACCCCCGCCCGCCCGCUGCCCCUCAAACCACAAACUAAACCCCCGGCUGCCGCAGCAGCUGCCACAACAGCAGCAAUGAGAGGAGGGAAGAUGAAAGAGGAAGAGCGGGUGGGUGACGGGGCAGCAGAAGGUGGGGGGGAAGGGGAAAGGGGAGGACGAGGGAGGGGAGAGGGAGGAGAGGGAGAGGCGGGAGGCGCAGAGACAGGUGGGCGCAGGGGGAAGCAUGCAGGUGCGGUAGCCAUGGCAGGAGGAAUCGACAGAAGAGAGGGUGAUGGGGAGAGUGGAGGAGGAGGGAGAGGAGGAGGGAGUGGGAAAGGAAGUGGGAAACAUGGCACUUGUAAGCUGCCGCCCGCAAAGCACUCCAAGUCGUUCAAACUCUCGUCUUCUUCAAAAAAGCCGACUCUCAAAGUGACCUUUGACUCCUCCCAAAAGUCAUCUUCCCUCAAGAAGCCGUUUUCCUCCAAGUCUAAGCACGCCCCGCUGCCGCCCAAACACGCCGCCCCUGCCAAACAUGCCGCCCAGUCCAAGCAGUCUGCCGCCCAGAAGCGGGCGGCGGGGGGGAAGCAGCCGCUGAGCCCCACUAGGCAUUCUGCCAGGCUGGCGCUGAUCUCCCCCGCCCGGAAGAAAGGGCGGUGGGGUGGGGAGGAGUGGGAGGGCGGUGAUGCGGAUGAAGGGGAGGAGGGAGAUGGGGGGAGGAAGGAGGGGAGCAAGAAAGGGGCAGGGAAGGAGGAGGAAGGUGGAAGAAGGGGGGCGGAUGGGGAGAGGGAUGGGGAAGGGAAGGGGGACGACGGGCGGAAGGGGAAAGGCGUGUGGAAAGGGAGAGUGGAGAGUGGUGCAGAUGGUAAAGCGAUGGGUCGCACAGAAAGAGGAGGCAGCAAGGGAGUGAGAGAGGAAACGAGCAGCAGAGGUGGAGGGAAGGGAGAGAAGGAGAGGUGGGGGGGGAAGGGGUUGCGAGAGAGAGGAGGUCAGGGUGGUAGGGUAGAGGAGAGUGGAGGGGAGAGGCAGGGGGAGAGGAAGGGGGAGAAGGGAGGAGGGGCGCGAAGGGAAGUGGGGGGUGUAGGAGGGGAGGGUGGAGGGCGGUUCUCAAGGAAGAGGAGGCGGGGAGAGGCGGAUGACAGUGCCGGUGCUGCUGCUGCUGCUGCUGGGGGUGGUGGUGAUGCGGGUGCUGCCAGUGCUGAGAGUGGUGCUGUUGCCGAUGAUGCUGGUGGUGCUGCUAAUGCAGGGACAGGGUUGAGCGAACGGGGUAGGCAAGAGGGGAGGGAGGGGAGAGAAGGGAGAGAGGGGAGAGAAAGAGCAGACGGUGCAGAGGAGGAGGCAGAGCAGCAGCGGAGCAAGCGUCCCGUGGUUGAGGGGAGGGGCGCAGAACAGAGGGAUGGGCAGAGAGUUGGUGCAACAACCCCCACCAAAGCCAAAGCCAAGGCUACACCUAGUGCUGCCGCUGCUGCUGCUGCUGCUGCUCGGCCCAUGGCUCCCCCAUCCACUCGCUCCGCUACCGUCCUUUCUCCCCCUCGCCCCUCCCCUCGCGCUCCUCUGCGCCCUCCCCCUCGUGCCUCCCCUCGUGCGCCCCCCCCUGCUCCCCCGCGCCUGGCUGCCCCGUCUGCAGCAGCGGACCGCGCAGCAGCAGCCAUGGCUGCUGCCAGGAGCCUGGGGGGCUUGGGAGGGGGGCUGGACUGGCCUCCUGUUGACACUCCCGAGGCAGAGGCUUGCGCUGACGCCCACGCCACUCCAGGGAGCCUUGAAAUUUCCGAAAAUCCCGAGGAUUCAGAGAGUUUUGAGGCUCUUCAGAUGGGUGGGAAGGCUGUAAAGGCAGCAGAGGUGGUGGUGGUGAGGUCUGAAGCAGAGGCGAGGGGGAGGGGUGGGGGCAAGGUGGGUGUGGUGGCGGAGGGUGAGAAGGGUGGUGCGGGGAGGGGGAGUGAAGGGGGGAGGAGAGGGGGGGAGGAAGUGAGGGUGAGAGGGGGAAGGGUGGCAGGGGCGGCAGGGGCGGCAGGUGUGGGAGCAGUGGUGAAGAUUGUAUUAGCGGCUGAGGCGAGGGGUGGUGGGAUGGGGGAGGUAAGUGGUGAUGGUGGGAAGGAAGAUGACUGGAUUUUGUUGGAGCAAGAGGAGGAGGGGGAGGGGGAGGAAAGAGGGAAGGGAGGAGGGAGUGAGAGGGCGGAGCAGGGGGGGAUAGCAUUUGAAGAAGAGGGAGAGGAGGAGAGUGUGGAUGUGGAGGAAGCUGAUGAUGAUACUGAUGAGGAGGGGGAGGGGGAGGAUGAGGAAGAUGAAGAGGAGGAUGAGGAGGAUGAUGAUGAGGGGGGGUUUGACAUGGAUGGGGGGGCGGUGGCAGCGCUGGCAGCGGCGGGGAUAGACAUCAGCAUGCAUGGCACGCGGAGCCUCUCAGAGGCUGACGUGGCAGCUGCUUGCCACCAGUACGGGGCGGCCUUCAUAAUGGCUCUGCUCCACGAGGUGGCACGGGAGGCAUCGUACCGCCGCCACCUCCACUGGCCGUCCAUAGCCGCCCGCCUCUCGGCCAAUCACAGCUUCCCCGUCGCCAGCCUGGCGCUCUGCCAGCUGCUGUGGCGCUGGCUGGCCUACGGCCGCCCCUUCUCGCACCAGGACACGCUGCCCUCUGCACCGCUCCUGGUGUUUUCGCCUCUGCCAGCUGCUCUGGCGCUGGCUUGCCUACGGCUCCCCUUCUCGCACCUUGGCACCCUCCCCUCCGCACCCCUGUUGGAGGAGGAGGAGAGUGACCUAGAGGACGAGCUGGAAUACCCGCUGGACACGUCUCCUCACCUCAUUUCCGCCGCUGCAUCGUUUGUCAAGGGGCACUUUGCUCAAGUGUGCGUGCAUCGAGAAGCACGUCUUUCCUCAUCAGAAGCAGGUCUUUCCUCAUCAGAAGCAGGUCUUUCCUCAUCAGAAGCAGGUCUUUCCUCAUCAGAAGCAGGUCUUUCCUCAUCAGAAGCAGGUCUUUCCUCAUCAGAAGCAGGUCUUUCCUCAUCAGAAGCAGGUCUUUCCUCAUCAGAAGCAGGUCUUUCCUCAUCAGAAGCAGGUCUUUCCUCAUCAGAAGCAGGUCUUUCCUCAUCCCUGCUCGUGUUGCGGCAUGCCCCAUCAUGUACAUCGCAGGCUGACUUGGCUGAUUCCGGCAUUGCCUAUGGGUGGUACCACUCGUGCCACCCAGGGAAGCACGGCACCUCUGAGGCGCCUCACAAGCACGACGCACGGCAACAGCAGCAGGCGGAGGGAGGAGGGCAGACGCACACGGAGCAAGGCAUGGCACAGGCCAAGGAUCGCCAGCAGGGAGAGCGGGAGGAGCAGCAGCGGCAGCAGCAGCGGCAGCAGCACACACAAGGAGAGAAUUUCCAUGACCCUUGGGACUUAGGCAUCCCCAGUCCUGCCACCCAUGCCCUUUCGACUGCCCAGACCCACGCCCCUCUGCCCCCUGUCGACCCUGCUGCUGCUGAGAUUGGGGUGGGGGAGAUGGGGAUAGAGGAGGGAAGAGGGGGAAGAGGGGACGUGGAGAGGGGAGGGGAGGGGGGGACGAAGCGGAAAUGGGAGGGUACAAGAGACGGGAGGAGGGAUGGGGAGCAGCAGAGAAAGAAUGGAGUGUCAGGGAAGGUGAGCGGUAGGGAGGAUGGGGAGGAUGGAGGAGAUGGGGGGGAUGGAGUUGGGGAGGGUAAGGAGGGGGAGGAGGAUGAGGACGAGGAGGAGAACAAGCCAGUGGCGCGGCUGGUGAGUCAACACGCGCCAGUGGCCAAGGCUGCAGAGGGCGCAAAGGGGGAGGGUGGGGCAGGGAAGGAGCAGGGCAAGACCGGGGAUGGAACAGUAGGAGGAGUAGCAGGAGGCGGAGGAGGAGUAGCAGGAGGCGGAGGAGGAGUAGCAGGAGGCGGAGGAGUAGCAGGAGGCGGAGGAGGAGUAGCAGGAGGCGGAGGAGGAGUAGCAGGAGGCGGAGGAGGAGUAGCAGGAGGCGGAGGAGGAGUAGCAGGAGGCGGAGGAGGAGGGAGUCGGAAGGCAUUGGUGAAGGGUUCAGAAGAAGCAGCCUUGGCUGCAGGGGCAGGGGGGGGAGGAGGGGAAGGGGGAGGGAAGAAGGACGGAGCGAAAGCCGCUGCCGGAAAGGCAGCAGCAGCAAAGGCAUGGACAGGCGGUGAGGGGGAGGGUGGGGCAGGCGACAAGAAGGCCAGCAGCAGCAACGCCCAGCCCGCCAAACCCAGCAAGGCAGGCGCCGCUGCCGCUUCUGCAUCUGCUGCUGCCUCUGCCUCUGCUUCUGCCGCUGCCGCUGCUGCUGCAGGCAGUGCAGGUGGUGGCAGUGGCAGCACAGAGGGAAAGGGGGCUGCAGGGGGAGGGGGAGGGGCAGCAGGGGGAGCAGGGGGCACAGCGGGGGGAGCGGGAGGGGGAGGGGGAGCAGCGGAUGGAGAGGCGAAGAAGAAGCGCAAGGCAUGGACGCCCGAUGAGGACAAGCUGCUGCUCAAGGCGGUGGAGGUGUACGGCGAGGGGCAGUGGGGGCGCGUGCUCAAGAGCGACUUGGGGAUUGAGAGGAACGCCGCCCAGCUGUCCCAGCGGUGGUACAUUCUGCGCAAGAAGUUUGAGAAGGAAGGAGUGCCAAUCCCAGGCCGCAAGGCAAGGGAGGCCCGGGAAGCAGCAGCAAGAGAGGCAGCAGCGAAAGAAGCCGCUGCAAAAGAAGCAGCGGCUAAAGAGGCGGCUGCUAAGAAGGCUGCUGCUAGAGAGGCCGCUGCAAAAGAAGCAGUGGUGAAGGCUGAAGCUGCUGCGAGGGAAGCAGCAGCAAGGGAGGCAGCGAGAGAAGCGGCAAGGGAGGCAGCUAGGGAGGCAGCCGCUAGGGAAGCAGCACGAGAAGCAGCAGCUAGAGCGGAGGCUGAGGGUGCUGGUAAGGCAGGAGAGGGUGGUGUGGGAGGGGAGACUGGGGAUGGGAGUGGGGCCGGGAUGCAGCAGCAGCAGCAGCAGCAGCAACAGCAGCCAACGCAGCAGAGAGGAGCAGCGAGUAGCAGUGGUGGUUUGGGGGAAGGUGGGGGUGUGGGGGAGAGGAAGGAGCACGACAUGGGAUCCCUGCACAUGCAGGGGCAGGGGCAAGGGCAGGGGCAGGGACUGGGACAGAAGCAGGGGCAGGGGCAGGGGCAGGGGCAGGGGCAGGGGCAGGGGCAGGGGCUGGGACAGGGGCAAGGUGAAAUAGACCAUCCAACCAGUGGGCUCACAGAACCGGAUCUGCUGCAGUGCCAGGUGGCAGUUCGGGAUUGGCCCGUGGGGUGGCUAGUGGGGCGGCAGGCAGGGGUGCGAGUGGGAGGGGGACAACUGGCAGGCUGA